UGCCUGCCUGGCCCGCCUCGCUCUCUCUCUCUCUCGGUGUCUCUCUGGGGCUCUUACAUGGCCGUGGCCGCGGCCGGGCCGAGAGAAUCUUCCGCGGGCGCCCAGGCCGGGCCGAGUCGGCGCGUCGGUUUCCCCGCUUCUUCCUCGCCAUUCCCUCAGGAGGCGAAGGAGGCGAGGCCGAGGCUUUCGCCUUCCUCCUCCUCCUCCUCCUCGCCGCCGCCGUCGUCGUUCUCCCCCAUGAGCCUGGGCAGCCGGGUUUUUGCCAGAUAAGAUGGAUGGCAGCUUUGAUUGUGAUUGUGGCGAGCUGGAGCCACCUGAUCAUUAACUAACGGCAUCUUUUGUAAACCAAGAGUUGCCUCUUCCUUGAUGAACUAGGCCAUAAACAAAAGGAAACAAAAACCGAAAAAAGCAAGAGGAGAAAAGUGUGCUUACCAGCUUCACAGAAUGAAGCUGCUCAGGGCCUGUCCAACACUGAAUGUAUCUGCACUGUGAGGAGGAUGUUAGUAGAAGUCUGUUAUGUGCAUAUUUAUUCACAUUUUUGUUAAAUGUUAGCCAGUUUAGCACAGUAGAUCGGAGUGCGUAAUAUAAUGUCACUUCAUUCCGUUUUGAUUUACUAGUAUUUCCUUUUAAUGUCUGCGGAUAUGCUGCACCUUGCUUGAACUAUGAAUGCUGCAACCUCUCUCUCUUCGCUCAGUUUGAUUUGUAGUGUAAGUUCUAUGUCUCAAGGGGUUCCAUCAGGCCGGGUUGGCUGAGGAGGCAAUGAAAGUGUCAAGAACCCAUCCUGCAAUCAGCCAGGCGUUUUUCUUCUCCCUUUCUGCAAGAUCCUUCAUAUACCAGUUGAAGCAUCUCUCCCUUUCUAUACAAGCUUAAUAGUUUUAAGAGGGGGGAAAAAAAACCAGACCACACCAAAUUUUCAAAAUGGCAGAGAAGUUUGAAAGUCUGAUGAACAUUCACGGCUUUGAUGUAGGCUCUCGCUAUAUGGACCUGAAACCAUUGGGCUGUGGCGGCAAUGGCUUGGUUUUCUCUGCCGUCGAUAACGACUGUGACAAAAGAGUCGCGGUCAAGAAAAUUGUCCUGACCGAUCCUCAGAGUGUCAAACAUGCUCUGCGUGAGAUCAAGAUCAUUCGAAGGCUUGACCAUGACAACAUUGUUAAAGUGUUUGAAAUCCUGGGUCCCAAUGGGAGUCAACUGACAGACGAUGUGGGCUCUCUGACAGAACUGAACUGUGUUUACAUUGUCCAAGAGUACAUGGAGACAGACCUGGCCAACCUGGUGGAGCAGGGCCCCUUGCCGGAAGAACACGCCAGGCUCUUCAUGUACCAGCUGCUACGUGGGCUCAAGUACAUUCACUCGGCAAAUGUUCUGCACAGAGAUCUCAAGCCAGCUAACCUGUUCAUCAAUACCGAAGACUUGGUGCUGAAAAUUGGGGACUUCGGCCUUGCACGGAUCAUGGACCCUCAUUAUUCCCAUAAGGGCCAUCUUUCUGAAGGAUUGGUAACGAAAUGGUACAGAUCGCCUCGCCUUUUGCUGUCGCCCAACAACUAUACAAAAGCCAUUGACAUGUGGGCUGCAGGCUGCAUCUUUGCUGAAAUGCUGACAGGGAAAACUCUCUUUGCAGGCGCACAUGAACUUGAACAGAUGCAGCUGAUUUUGGAAUCAAUUCCUGUUGUGCAUGAAGAAGACCGCCAGGAACUUCUGAGCGUAAUUCCAGUUUACAUUAAAAAUGAUAUGACUGAGCCACACAAACCUUUAACUCAGCUCCUCCCAGGGAUUAGCCGUGAAGCACUGGACUUCCUGGAACAAAUCCUGACCUUCAGCCCCAUGGACCGAUUGACAGCAGCAGAAGCUUUAUCCCACCCCUAUAUGAGUAUUUACUCCUUUCCAACAGACGAGCCCAUAUCAAGCCAUCCUUUCCACAUUGAGGAUGAGGUGGAUGACAUUCUGCUCAUGGAUGAAAGUCACAGCCACAUCUAUAACUGGGACAGAUACCAUGACAGUCAGUUUUCAGACCACGAGUGGCCUGUUCACAACAACUUUGAAUCCGAUGAAGUUCAGCGUGACCCAAGGGCUCUUUCUGACGGGACUGAUGAAGAAGAGGUGCAAGUGGACCCUCGCAAAUACCUGGAUGGCGAUCGUGAAAAAUACCUGGAGGACCCUGCUUUUGAUACCCACUUUUCCACUGAGCCUUGCUGGCCCUAUCCAGAUCACCAUGAAAACAAGUACUGUGAUCUGGAAUGCAGUCAUACCUGUAAUUACAAAAGGCGGUCCUCUUCGUACCUAGAUAAUUUAGUCUGGAGAGAGAGUGAGGUGAACCAUUACUAUGAGCCCAAGCUCAUAAUCGAUCUUUCUAACUGGAAGGAACAGAGCAAAGAGAAGUCAGACAAAAAAGGAAAGUCAAAAUGUGAAAGGAACGGAUUGGUGAAAGCUCAGAUAGCUCUGGAGGAAGCCACACAGCAGUUUGUAGAAAAGGAGAAGAAGCAGGGGUUUGACUUUGAUUCCUUUAUAGCAGGAACCAUCCAGCUGAGUUUGCAGCCGGAGUCGUCCACGGAGAUUGAGAAGCUCAAUGACCUGAACAGCUCUGUGUCCCACCUAGAGCCGAAAGGCAUUGCCAAGUCAGUCAGCCGAGAGAAGCAGGAGAAGGGCAUGGCCAACCUGGCCCAGCUGGAGGCUCUGUACCAGAACUCCUGGGAGGGCCAGCAGCUGGUCAGUGGCGGGGAAGAGUCCUUCCUCAUAGGCCAGUUUUGUUGUGAAGUCAGGAAGGACGAGCAGAUAGAGAAGGAGAAUCCCUGCACCAGUUACCUGGACAGGUUUUUUAGCAAGAAAGAAGAGGCAGAGAUAGUAGACUCCGAGCCAGUUGAUGAUGGGAAGCCGGGGGAGAAAGAGAGAGAGGGAAGCUUUUUAAGUCAUAGUGGGGAAUUUCUUUUCAAUAAGCACCUCGAAGCGAUAGGUAUUCCUCAGUUCCACAGUCCCGUUGGCUCACCUCUUAAAUCAAUACAAGCCACACUAACACCUUCUGCUAUGAAGUCAUCUCCUCAGAUUCCCCAUAAAACAUACAGCAGCAUUCUGAAACACCUAAACUAAACAGCAGACAUUUCCUUUUUUUGUACUCAUGAAACGUGUGUUCUUUUUUAUUGUAAUUUUUUUACUUGAAAAUCAAAUGAUGUUAACUUUGGUAUGGAUUUCCUUAAUUUCCUGUUUACCCUUGGUUUUGCAAUCCAGACUUUUCUUUACCUGACAGUUCUUUUUUUUUUAAACUGGCAUGUCAUUUGCACACAGAGGUAAAAGAACAGAGCAAAACAGUGCAGAUUGCAGGAGAAAGCAAGAAGAAUAUGCACUAAACCAGCUUAGAAACACUCUCCGUUUAAACCGUUCAUGCUUUGCAGGGUUAAGAAUCUUGCCUUGAAAAUUCACACAGUGAGAUUAUACAUAAUUGCAUGAAAAUAUCUAUUUUUUCCCUGAAACAUUUUUCAUUCAUAUGUAUUUUAAAAAAAUUUUCAUACUGUACACAUUUCUUAGGCACAUGAUACCAGCAGCAACUGUAAAUGAAUGCAGAAUUUGGUACGCAUGUGUUAUCUACCUCAAGGUAACAGCAGUAUGUGGCAAAACAUUGACCACCUGUAGUGCUUUUUGUAACGCACUUCCAUAUAGCCAGCAUUGUUGUAGUAGGUGGUAUUACAGAGAAAACUCAUUCAAUAUUUAUAAAUAUUCUGGUAUGCAUUCUUUAUAGUGGGAAUGUUAAUAUGCAGCGUUUUUAUUUAUUUUAGCAAAUUAUAUUUUCUGUAAUGAUAGAAAGUCAAAUUUUUUGGACUUGCUUUACAGAUAAAGUUCUUGUUAGCACUAUGGUUUAUUGCCUACAUCGCUGAAACAGAUUAAAUGACAUCCCCUUAUUCUGAGGUGAUCCAUACAGGUUUUUUUUAAAAAGAGUUUUCACUUCAAGUCAGGCACUCGCUGUGUAUAGGAAUUUGCAGUUUGGAGGUGCCUGAUCUCUACAAAGAAAUUAGGAAUUGUUUUAUUAUAAAAUGCUCCUAGAAGUCUUAAUUGUGUUAAUUUUUUAAAAACAAUUUUUGUAAUGUUAGCUGUGUGCAUGGAAACAAUUAAGGUACAACAUUACUGUAGGUUAAAAGUUCUAUCUUGUCAGGCAUUUUGGUUUUAUUCUAUGUUUUUAUUGAAUGAUACCCUUGUCUCAUUCCCAGAGCAAAGCAUGAGUGUAAUUAGGUUAAAUGUAGCAUGUAGCUAAUCGGUCUUCUGGAAGUUUGUUUUGCCUUCUGGGUUCUGUUUUUGGUUUUUUAUUUUUAUUUGUUUGGGAAACUAUGUACCAUUGGCUCCCCUGUUUUAAAGAAAGAAACCAAUAAAACACGGCCAGCGAAACAGA